AUGGUCAUUUAUCUCGCCAUUGUGCAUGAUCUAAUCAAGAGAGAUUUAACUUCAGCAAAAAAUCCUGUGACUUCAGAACCCAAAGGUACACGUCAAGACGACGAAAAACGGCCGGUUACAGUUGGUUCCUGUUUUAUAAUCUUCGGUUACGGUGUAGCUUUGGAUGAUCCAAAGAGUGCACGUAUACUCAAAUAUGAUUUCGACAACAUAGGAGAAGGACCAUAUCACUUCAGUUUCGAAACCAGUGAUGGAAUUUCCAGACAAGAAGUUGGUGAAAUAGCAAAUGCUGAAACAGAACAUGAAUUUGUGAAAGUACUUGGUUCCUUCUCGUAUCUAGGACCUGAUGGGGUGAGAUACGAAGUACGGUAUACUGCAGACGACCAAGGGUUUCAUCCAGAAGGAGACCACAUAAAGGUACCGCCAUUUGUUCCGUGGAUUCAUCAUCAUCAUCAUAAUGUUAAUGAUAACAAUGAUGAUCAUCAUGAUCAUAAUGAUCAUCAUGAUCACCGCGACCGUUAUAAGCAUCCUCACCAUGAUGGUCCAAGGAAAAUUAUUGGGUCUUCAAAGAAGACAGUUGUGCCCAAUUUGGACAUUUCAGGAACUUCUCCAAAACCGGUAACUGAGUUUUCAAGAUUGCCCACACCCAUUGCACCACAUCUACAUUACGGAGAGGAAAGAACUCCUAAAACGUUGAACCGAGAUAGUUUCUACAGGUUUAUCCCAAAUGCUGUAGGAGAAUAUUCGAGCUCUGAUUCCCCGAAAGCUAUGACUCCCCAAACAAUUAAUGAAGAUUAUGUGAGAAAUGUUUUUCCAACCACUCCAAAGCCACCCCAACCAAAUUUGAUUUUCCAUUCAACUCCAGGUACCAUAGCGAAACGUCCGUUGUCCCCUGCUCCGAUAUCGCCUCGUACAAUAGUUGAUAAUCAGGUAAUUGAUACUUUUCCUAGUACACCUGAACCAUAUCCCAUUCUCCAUUCAACUCCAAUUGGUGUCAGCGAAUAUUAUCCAUCCAGUUCACCAAGCUCUGAUCUUCAACAAAAUGACGGAAGUACGCCAAAGCCUCCGAACCAAGAGUUUAUUUCCAGUUCGACUCCAAAGGCUCAUAUUCCUGUGGGAUACUUUUUACCAAGGCCGGUGAGUUCGCCUCUCCCUGAAACUGAUGAAAGCAGAGCUUAUAUACCGCCAGUAACGUCUCCGAAACCAUUUGUUUGAUGAGAAGAAUUUUGUGGUUAGAAUGUGUGUAACUUUUUUGUAGAAAGGUACCUAAUUCAAAAUAGUAUGUGCAGAAAUAAUAAUAUGUGCAGAAAUGCUGUGAUGAAUGUAUGUAAAGUGAGUCAUUUGGUAAAAAUACGAUUCAAGUUAUUGAAAGACAUGGACUGACGUUCUCAUUAAUGUAUCAUGAUUGUUUUCAAUUACGCCUCAGAAGGAAGAUGUUCAGUCGCUUUUUGAAAUUGUACUUAUUAUACUUUGAAUCAUUCUUUUCGAUUUUGUCAAGUAUUCUUUUCGAAUGUGGAUUAACAGAAGAGAAGUAACAGUCAAAGCGAUUUUGACUGUUACUUCUGAACAUUUUUCAUCGAAACUACUUGAAGUUCAUUUUAAGUAUCAUUAACAUAAAAAAUCAAUAUGAAUAGAAAAUGGAUACAUGUUUUGUAAACUUUCAUCUGGAUUGUGUUACUACAAAAGCAUAUAACCAUUCCAAAGAAUAGGUUAAGAAUAAUUUUAUCAUGCACUCAAUUGUAGAAAUUAUUACUAUUUUGAGUUGAAGCCACAACUCAGGAUGAUAUUGAUUGGAAAAAUAUUCAAUUUUGAACAGAAUUUUGUUCUUUUUUCGGUAUCACAUAUUUUCCAGUUUUUGGCCUGUAUUUUCUAUCAUCAGAUGGAGAUUUGUUUUUGUGUUGAGAAAUUUAAAUCUCCACUGAAUAUUUUAGCAGAAUAUCUUUCUUAGUUUUUGUUCCCAUCAGUUGAUAAUCACUUCACUUCUUUAUUCGAAUACUUUAUUUUAUUUUUGUUGAAUGUUAUUGUGAAUAUACAAAUAUAUUAUUU